ACUGGGUACACUACAGUUUUCAGGAUCCUUUUGACAGGGUGACUUGUUCACCCAAGCAACUAGGCCUAUUGACGUAGCGCGCAGAAGUUUUGGAUAUCAUGGCCGUUGAUAAUCAAACUGUUGUGUACAUUUCAGAACAGGUAGUUAUUUUGAUUUCGUGUGCCCUGUCGUUUUGGGGAUCUUUACUUAUUAUCUGUACGUACAUCCUUUGGCCAGAUUUGAGGUCAACGCCGAGAACACUUCUGGUCUUCUUGUCCGUGGCUGACUUUUUGUCUGCGGGCUCGUACGCAUACGGAGUUUGGAGUGUCUUUGAAUCAGACUCUGUGGAUUGCGUUGUUCAAGGAGCGAUAUCUACUUUCGCCAACACAAGUUCGUUUUUCUGGACUGUCUCUAUCGCUAUAUAUCUGUACAUUUUCAUCGUCAAGUCGAAUCAAAGACUAGCUGACAGCUUCGUGUUAUGUUUUCACGUUAUCAGCUGGGGCAUCCCUCUAGGCAUCACAAUAGCAGCUCUGUCUCUGGGACGUAUUGGCUACGAUGCAUCGGAGGUGUCUGUGGGCUGGUGCUGGGUGAGGAUCCAGGCUCCAGACCAUGUCCUGUGGAUGCUGCUCACUGGGAAGAUAUGGGAGUUCCUGGCCUAUCUCACCCUCCCUGUCCUCUAUAUCCUCAUCAAGAAACACAUCCACAGAGCGCAUGCGGCUCUGUCUGAGUACCGGCCCAUCCUUGCCUGCAGUCCUCUGUCCCAGUCCCUUUCCAAUAUGGCCGACAGGAAGUUGACCCUGAUCCCCGUCAUCUUCAUCGCCCUGCGUAUCUGGAGCACCGUGCGUUUCCUGCUGAUGCUGGCUGACUCCCCCGCCAGGCAGAACCCUGUGCUCGUCACUCUACAUGGCAUUGGAAACACCUUCCAGGGAGCGGCAAACUGCAUCAUGUUUGUCCUGUUCACCCAGCCGAUCCGCUCCCGCCUCUCCACCAUGCUCUGUUACUGCUGCUGCUGUUGCAGGGCCGGGUCCGGGGCCUCCCUCACACCCUCCAACACGCCCAACCACAGGACCGGGGCCUCCUACAACACACCCAACCACAGGACCGGGGCCUCCCCCAAACCCUACAACACGCCCAACCACAGGGGCUUGGGCCUGGAGUCAGGCCUGGGUGUGGAGACCCCCUCACAACCAGAGGACACCCCCAAUACCAGCCCUCGUGGCUGGCCGGACGGCUGCUGACCCUGGGUCUGAAUGGAUGGACAGAGCACACUCACAACCCUGGCUUUCUGAGACCCUUUUCACACUAUUGAACCGAGCCGAGCUGUACUUGGCUGGCCUGGGUUACACAUCGUCCGCUAUAGAUACCUGGUGCGGAGUGAAGGGUAGGUCUAAUGGAUACUGAGAGAGAGCGAGAGGGGUUGGAAACAAGCUUCCAUACUGCAGUCCACUCAUUACCGCAAGUGCC